AGCACUGUGCUACGAACUCUGGCUGCGAGUGGGACAAGUUUAGCUCAAGUGAACAGCCCUAUGUGCUGCUAUUUAAUGCUUUGAUUUACGGCAGUUGGUUGUGGGGGAAUGUGAACAUCUGGAGAAGACGGUGAGACUUGGCACAAUUGGUCUCCUUUAGGAUUUGACUCCUGUUUUAGAAUAUUUUUACAAACCGGGGAGCUGCGAAAACACACCCACGGCAGUGACAGACCGCGGGAAAAUGUCGUUACUUCCUGUGCAAUGAAGUCUUGGCGCGGCAUUACAGUUGUAAACAACAGGAGGACAUAAAACAAUACGGAAACAAUCAGAAACAUCUUAAGAAACUGAGCAACAGAGAAACUUGAAGAAAUGGAAAAAAUAGACACAAACAAUGCUUCUGGUCUCCUGGUUCCUGAUGUCACUGAAGAUUCUAUGGAUAUCUAUGAUGGUCUGGAUGACAAUUUCAGCAGCAAUGCAGUCUUGGUAACUGAUGUCCAUGAAGAUUCUGUGGAUAUCUAUGAUGGCCUGGAUAUAGGUUCUAGCAACAAUGCUGCAGGGAAGUCAUCUCCAAAGGCUUCUCAGAAAGACUCGAUGGAUCUUUAUGAAGAAAUUGUCGCAGAGGAACAGCAGAGCAGAGAGUCCUCAUACUCUGAGUUGAAGUCCAGAUUCCAAGCAGCUCAAAACCAAAUUAAGGAGUUGCACAAAAGAUUAGAGCAAAUGGAGACACAGACUACGAGGUUGAACACUGAAAACUGCAAAUUAAAAAAGAACAUCUCUGCACUUCUACGAACAGCUAGACAAGAGGUGACACGAAAAGAUGCUGAGAUACAGAGGUUAAACCAACGGUCAGACAAAAAUUGCCAUCAUCCCCAAUUUCAUAAUAAUCUGCAAGAUCAAAAUUCCUCUAGUCUGAGGUCCACAGGCAGGCCUAUGACGAGGCCUCCUCCUCCUCCACCACCACCUUCUAUUCCGCUGCCUCCUCCACCAUCAAGUCCUCCUCCCCCUCUUCCACCUCUGCCACCUUCACCUCCUAAGGAGGAUCACCCCUUUAUUAAACCUCCCCAACCCUCCAGGAGAGAAAGCAAUAGUUCCAACUAUCAGCCCAGUGGAUCCAUCAGGAAGUUACGCAGCAGUUCAUCAAGCCGACAUAGCGAGUCAGGGAAACACAAGGUCAAGCACAGUGAGGAAAAACGGCCAAGCCAAAAACUAUCUGAAUCAACAGAUAGGAGACAUAGAGAUGGUUCAGAUCCCAACAAGGACUGUAAUGCGUCUGACAAAAACCGGUAUCACAAAGCAGACAAAGACACAGGACAAAGAUAUGACUCUAGAUCCUGUAACAACAAGAACUACCUAAAUUUUGAGGGGCACCAUAGGUCAGAGAGGGCUAAAAGCCCUCCAUUAGAGACUGCAGUUUCUUCUGAUGACAAGAAAAAGAGAAGUCGAGAACGGAGACAAGAUACAGCCCAUAUGUCCAUAUCAGACUCUGAACAUAGUGCAGCUAACAGCUUAAAAGAGGUCAGCCGAGAUCAUCGAAAAAUCAAUAAUAGUGACGGAUAUGACAGAAGGGAAAAGGACCGGAAAAAGUCCUCUUCAAAUCAACAUGCUGAGCGCCGCAGUGAGUCCUCCAAAGAAAGGAGAGGGGAUAGACUAUCAAAGGAUUAUCAAAGGAAGGAGGAUAGAAGACAUGAGGAAGAAAUUGGCAGAAAGCAUAAGAGGAGCACUGCGUCAGAGUCCAGCAGAGAACGGGAGAAAGCAAACUCAAAAGUAUCUGAUCAAGGAAAAGUGGAUGUCAUCCUUAAGGACAGAGAAGAAAAAGCAUGUGAGGCCGUGAAAACAUCAUCUGAAAAAACAGAUAUCACUGUAACAAGCUCUGUGGAAGACAAUAGUCCAAACAGGAAACUGUGUUUCAUGGAAACAUUGAAUCUAACUCUUUCACCAAUUAAAAAGCCAGCGUUGCCCUUCGAUGCUGGCCAGAGUAACCUCCCGACAGAAGAAAAGGUAGCUGACGACGGUCCAGAUGAUGAGAGUUCACAGCCUGAUGUAGAGGAUAUGUGUGUGAUUGACGAAGUGAACAGCAGUGAAUUGGAGGAUGUUACAGAGCAAGCUUCAGAUACCCCGAAAACUCAGUGCUCUGAAAAUAUGCAUAAACGGUCUGAGCAUGUGAAAGAUGUUCAGGAAACAAAACAAUGUGAAACACCUGCUGCUGAUGAGCAACUUGAAGACAAAUUAGUCCAAACUACCUCAGCUCAUAGCCAACACCCAGGUACUGCAGAGAAUCAAUUGGCACCAACAUCAACAGAGUUUAGUUCACUAAAAGAAACUGACAUUUCGAGAAAUCACGAGGACAAAACCAAGCAGCCCUCAGACAGCCAGAUAGCAGAUUCUGGACCUACUGAUGGUGACAGUGACGCGUCUGGAAGUAUUUCUAAAAAGCACACAGGCAAUUCUUCACAAAAAGUAAAUCCUGGAAAUAAUACUACUGAACCUGUUGGUUUUGCAAACUCUGCUGUGCUCAAUUCAAAUGUGGAACUAAAGUGUAGAACUCCUAAAACUGUAGUACAGAAAAGCCUCCCUGUGAAGUCAGUCGACAAAGGUGCAGCAACUUCUGCCUCAAGAGGAAAUCCUGUAGCUGAAAAUGUUCCUGACAAGGCUAACGGCGAAAGUCAGCUAAUUGCUGCCAGUAUUCUACCUCAGAACUGUCAACAAGGACUGUGUCCUCCUGCUUCCAUUGCCAUUCCCAAGAAAGAUGCUUGUUUUAUGCAGAAUAGUCCAAAAGAUGCAGAGGCUGUAUCCAGUUCAAUCAGUCUGGAAUCACUUCCACAAGAGGGGCUGAGUCUAGCUGAGGCUAUUUAUGUUUUAACACAGACAAAUGAAGACACCAAUGACAGCAGUGGCAUUACAACUCAGCCAAGCUCCUCUACUGGCUGUAUCGCCGUGUCCAAAGUCAGCAGUACAACAGAGGAGACACCACAGCCAGAGAAGUACAGUGACCUCACUUUCACGCCAAAGAAGAGCGUCACCCUUGGAAAGAGUCAUGAGAAUAACGCUGAGCCUUCCAGUUCCAUGCCUUUACUCCAUGACGAGGACUCCAUGAUGCGCACACUGAGCAAUCUAAAGAAAAUCCCUGAUGCCAUAAGCCCUCUGAGAAGCCCAAUACGAAUAACCAAGAGAAGUCAUCUUCAUGUUCAUGGCAAGCCAGGUCAUGUCAAGAGCCUUCAAAAAGAAUUCUCCAGCACAGCUAUUGAUGCCAAUUCAAAGACGUUGGAUGUAAAUAAAGAAAACAAAUAUCCAGGUUCUCCUGCAAAAAAGGACACACUCAACUCAGUGGACAGUGUAUCCGACCAGCCUUCAAGUCUGUCUGACACUGAGCUGGAGGAAGGGGAAAUUAUAAGUGAAAGUGAUGAGACCGCCGCAGGUUCUCCUUCUCCUGCAACCAAGAGGACAAAGUUAGUACAACCAGUCAAAAAUAAAGCCAGUCCUAAAUCUUUGUUAAUGAAGAAGACUAAAGAAAGGUACGUUGCAACAAAGGAAACACAAGAAACAGCAGGUGGAUCGACACGAAGUCCCAAGAGUCGUUUUAAAACGGUUUGUCCCGCAGCAACCAAAGCUUCAUUUUCUACCAUAGAAGAAGUCAUGGAAACAUUCAAAGUGGUUCGUACUGAAAUCCGAAAAAAGUACAUGAAGCUUCAUAAAACAUUUCCCAAGAAGAGCUUCUAUGGUGUGAUGGAUAAUUUCCAGGAGUCUUUUUUCGAAUUUGUGGAUGGUGCUCAUUUUGGUCAAAUAUGCAGCCAGGCGGGGGAGCUGAAAUCUAAGCUGAAGAAACUAAUUGCGUCUGUGUUUAGUAAAGUAUCAAAUAACGGUAUUGUGAAACGCAUCUUUGACCAGCAAGCAGUCGAUCUGAAGCAAAGAUUAUGGGACUUUGUAGAUGUCCAAGUUGACUACUUGUUUAAGGACAUUAACACAACACUUAAUAGCCUUUGCCAGCCAGCAGGAGCUCAGUCUGAGGACAGUAGGCCCAGUGGGAAUGAGAAAGCAUCUGGACAGCCUACUGCAAAAAAGCCACAGUGUCAACAAAAGAAAGCACAAUUGCCCCCAACCAGCCUGAAUCAAGUCAAGUCUUCCGCUGUGAUGCCUUACAGAACAGGCCUCGGGAGCAGAGGCAAAGAUAUCAGAAUCAUACACGUGGAAAAAGACAGGACUGUUGACCCGCAUCCAACAAAUUUCCCAAAGAGACAGACUCCAGAGAAAAGUAACCUAUCGUCUUUGGUUGUCUCUCAAAAUGUCUCUUUGCUUGACAAAACUGACUUUGAGCUUCUCACAGAACAGCAAGCUUCCAGUUUAACAUUCAACCUGGUGAGAGACACUCAAAUGGGAGAAAUCUUCAAGUGUCUCCUGCAAGGAUCAGACUUACUGGAAAACGGUGGUAUCAGUGGAGACAACACAGCUUGGUCCCUCAGUACACCACGGAAGGAUGGAGAGAGACUCCUCAGCAUCACCACACCAACUAAAUUUGACUCUCCGUCUAAACUACUGUCCCCAACAAAAUAUGAUACUCCCUCAAAGCUUAUCGCAACGUGGUCUAGCAUUUCACCUCGCAAAAUGUCUCCUCAAUCCAAAGCUCAUAUUCAACUGAAUCCAGCUAUAUUUGAUGAAAGUUGCUUGUUAGAAGUGCCAAUAGAGAAUAGAGCACUGCUGCAGUCCAGCUUAUCUUCACAGAGGUCCUACUCCAUUCUAGCUGAAGAUCUGGCAGUGUCCCUCACCAUUCCAUCACCUCUUAAGUCCGACAGCCACCUCAGCUUCCUGCAGCCGUCAAGCAUACGCGUCAUGUCCACUCCAGACAGCGUCAUCAGUGCUCAUAUAAGUGAGGACGCCCUGCUAGAUGAGGAAGAUGCUUCAGAGCAGGACAUUCACCUGGCCCUCGACACCGACAACUCCAGCUGUAACUCCAGCAGCAGCGAAGUACUCGCCACACCCUUCGUGUUCAAACCUGACUUGCCCAUGCAGGCGCUGGUCAUGGAGAAGUCCAACGAUCAUUUCAUUGUGAAGAUACGUCCGGCAGCCACAGGUGCAGAUACCACACUCACUGCUGAUGACAGCUUAAGUCGAACACUAACAGAAGAAACGCUGCCACAUAGUGAGAACAACGCGGAAAAUAACGACGGUCAAGAAAAACCUGUUUUGUUGGCCAGAUCGCAGAAUGGCGCUCCUUCAAAUGCUGUACCACCAGAGAAAAGUCUGUCUGGGAUCUGUCAGACUGCGACCAAUGCAGCUAUCCAUCUCUCUCAAGAUGAGAGCUUAACACUAACAAAAGAUCUAUCCCACAAAGAGGAUUCACAAAAGCUCAAAAAGCACCCUAAAAAUAGUCUUUCAGAAAACCAUUUGCACCACGGUGCUCAAAGCUCUGAUCAUUUCUUUGGACAGAUCAGCCAGGCAGCCAGCAGAGAAGAUAUCGCAGUCACUGCUGUUGGGAACUCAAGUCAAACACACCACAGAGAAGAAGACACAGCAACUCAACAAAGUCCCUCAAAAGCCUUAAAGAUCAUUUGCCCCCAAACUGUAGUGUCAGAUAAAAGUCCACAUCACUUUACUGAAAGGCACUCCCUUGCAGAGGACAUAAACAACAUACCACAGAAAGACCAAAGGCAUUGUGACAAACGUAGAAAACGGAAGAGCCAUCAAGAGAAAUCACAAGCCAAGCGUUUCCGUAAGGAAGAAGAGAGUACAGAAGAGAUGGUGUCGAACUGCAAGAAAGUCAAUAGUGAAUCUAGAUUAUCCCCAACAUCUCUGUCCCCCAGCAGUCUCUAUGCCAAGAAUGUGAUCAGGAAGAAGGGCGAGGUGGUGAUGGCUUGGACCAGAGAUGAAGAUCGAGCUAUUCUGAUUGACCUGAAGACGAAAGGUGCUUCACGUGAGACUUUCUCUGCCUUGUCAGAGAAACUUAAUAAGCCCUCAGAGCAGAUUGCUCACAGAUUCUACCAGCUCAUGAAACUUUUUAAGAAGCAGGAGAAGAUGGACACUUGAUCGCUCCGACUGUGUUAUUGCAAGAAGUUCUUGUUUUGGAGCCUUUCCACUCACAUUCUGUUGUACCAACACAGGUAUGUUGGCUGCUCUUCGUGUAACAUGGUGCUGAAAGAAGUGAACACAGGGUCAUUACAAGUCCCUGUGGGUCACAGUAUCAAUCCCCAUGUAGGCUUCUUCAUCUAUCAGUAUCUGGAGCUCCACUUUGUGCCAUCAAUAAAGAUAUGAGCAGCCACUGUAGCUCAGCUUUGUUUUGUCUUUACGGAAAGUCAUUAAUCCAAUUACUGUCUCUGAAGGUAUUUAGUUUUUUUUUUGUUAGUUAACACUGUUGGAAAUUAAUUUGGUAUGAAGAAAGGAUUAUUUAAUGCCUUUUCCUCAUCACAACUGACAAUAUAGAUUGUAGAUUGAUAGACAGUCAAAAAGAGUACAGUUAACAUCAGUGU